CCCAGUGCAGCCGCUACGCCAAAACCGUUUCACAGCUCUGUGCUCCUCAGAAGCUAACGUUAGCUAGCAAGCUGUCAAGCUGUCUAGUGGAGAGGCUGGGACAGACGUUUCAGCUUCCCCCUGGCUUGGCAACGCAAAGCUCCGGCCCACAAAAUCCCAAGAAAAUCUGACAGAAGAGAUUUUAGGUCGCCAGCUGAGAUAAUGUAAUACAUCACGGGCGUACGCAAAGAGGGACCUCCGCACUUACACCAUUUAUAUGCACUGAGUCUUGAGUGACGAUUGCUCGUUGCUAGCUAACUGGCUAGCUAGCCUAGCUAAACCACCGCAAACCCCCUAGUUUCGUCGGUGUACCCUCUCUGGUGUGAACUGAGGCCAGUCAGUCAUUGUCACUGUCGCAGCUUCCGUUGCUGUCAACCGGAAUUUUGGAUAUUUGGUCAUACAAGGGACACAAUGGGUGCAUUUCUGGACAAACCAAAGAUGGAAAAAUACAAUUCCCAUGGUGAGGGCAAUGAACUGAGGUAUGGGCUGAGUAGCAUGCAAGGUUGGCGGGUGGAGAUGGAAGAUGCACACACAGCAGUAAUUGGUCUGCCCCAUGGUCUCGACCGCUGGUCGUUCUUUGCUGUUUAUGAUGGGCAUGCUGGCUCUCAGGUGGCCAAGUACUGCUGUGAGCACCUGCUGGAGCACAUCACCAGCAACCCAGACUUCCAGAGUGCUCUGCAGGAUGACCCCUCUGUGGAGAACGUGAAGACUGGGAUCCGCACAGGGUUCCUGCAGAUUGAUGAACACAUGCGAACCAUCUCAGAGAAGAAGCAUGGUGUAGACCGCAGUGGUUCCACUGCAGUGGGAGUGAUGAUUGCUCCGAACCAUAUCUACUUUAUCAACUGUGGGGACUCACGGGGACUCCUCAGCCGGGGCGGAGCUGUGCACUUCUUCACACAGGAUCACAAACCCAGCAACCCUUUGGAGAAGGAAAGGAUCCAGAAUGCCGGUGGCUCAGUCAUGAUCCAGCGAGUUAAUGGGUCCCUAGCUGUGUCUCGGGCUUUGGGAGACUUCGACUACAAGUGUGUGCAUGGAAAAGGCCCUACAGAGCAGCUUGUGUCUCCUGAGCCUGAAGUUUAUGCAAUAGAGAGAUGUGAGGGAGAAGAUGAAUUCAUUAUACUAGCUUGUGAUGGCAUCUGGGAUGUCAUGGCCAAUGAGGAACUGUGUGACUUUGUCAGGUCGAGGCUAGAGGUGACAGAUGAUCUUGAAAGAGUCAGCAAUGAAAUUGUUGACACCUGCUUGUACAAGGGGAGCCGGGAUAAUAUGAGCGUUGUGUUAAUCUGCUUUCCUGGGGCACCAAAGGUAUCUCCGGAGGCAGUGAAACGGGAGGCAGAGCUGGAUAAAUAUCUGGAGGGCAGAGUAGAAGAGAUCAUCAAAAAGCAGGGGGAUGAAGGUGUCCCGGAUUUGGUCCAUGUUAUGCGGACGUUAGCAUCUGAGAGCAUCCCUAACCUCCCCCCUGGAGGAGAGCUGGCAAGCAAACGAAGUGUUAUUGAAGCAGUGUACAACAAACUCAACCCCUACCGAAGUGAUGACACAGACUCUGCGUCCACAGACGACAUGUGGUAACACAACCUCCUACCACUAACACAGCAUAGAGUUUACAAACCACCAUCCUCUCAAGACCCACAGCAGCUCAGCUCAGCAGUCUGUCUCUCCGUCACUCUGAGCUUUUGGUUUCUAAGAAGGGAAUUUCAUGGGAGGAGGAGCAGGAGGAGGAGGAGGAGGAGGAAGAAGAAGAAGAAGAAGAAGAGGAGUUGCAUGCACACAAACCUGGAAUAGUGCAGCACCAGUCCACUCUGGAGUUCAGGAUCCCCACCGUCUUGUCUCCCCCUUUAUGUUCACCCACCUUAAUACUCUCCUCUAAAGUAAUCCAUAACAAGUGAGUCCACAAGGUUUUCUUUCUUUUUGUUAAAUAAUCAGCUUAAGUAGUAAGAUUUUUUUUUUUUAGCUGUAAUUAAUUUGAUUCACAUUUCCUUGUGUGUGUUUGUAUAUUUCUGUUUUUGUGAAGUGCAAUUGUCCUGUACAAACAGCCUGUAUUUAAUGCAGCUUGAUUUUAAGUUAAAAAAUGAAAGAAAAGAAAAAGAGAACCUUUUAUGCACUAUCUGCCUUUUCCUGCUCUUCUGGAAUUGUAACAAAUGUCUAUUCAGUGAAUAUUACUGCUUGUCCUCCAGGCACAAUGUCUCUGCGCUUUUACUUUCUUUUUUUUUUUUUCUUUUUUUUUUUUCAGUUAGUCUAUGCUCCUUUAAGAAACGGGUAAAUUGUAUAGUUGACAGCACAGUAAGCUCUCUAUAUCAAAACCAUUUAAAUCCUUUUUUUUUUUUUCCCCUGUGCUUUUUUUAAUUGUAUUUUAUUUUUGUAAGUGGUUUUCUGUACAUGCUCAAAUAAUAAUGGCUAAGUAUUUCUAAGUAAUUUUGGAAGUUUGAAAGAGAUAACCUCUUUUUUUUUUUCAUUUCUUUGAGGCAUCUGAUGGGAAAAAAAAGACCCCUGUUAACACGUUUGUCUGGGCGAAUAGAUACUUGCAAGCGUGCGUGGGUGCUUGUGUGUCUGUAUGUGCGCACGUGUGUCAGUGUAAAGGCAGAUCUGUGUGUGCAACUCUAAUGUUAAUUUGAUACGGUGGUCAGACACGAGACCAGGCUGGAGUUUUAAGGGAAAUGCUAACCCCUAAUCUGCCCCUGUGUUCCACAUCAACCCAACAUAGGCUUUCACUACUUCUUAUUCCAAAAAAGCUUUUGGAUAACAGAGUUUACAUGCUGUUACGCUAUUUGAACAACUUCAAGCUAUAUAUCAGAACUAUACAGUAACCUGAGAUGACAUAAGUAGUUCAAUUUACCCAUGGUGUACAAUGGUUUGCAGCUAGUCAAGUCUAGACUAGUUUACACAUUUAUUGUGUCAUAUUUAAAUAUCAGUUUCUAAACAUUCAUUGUUACCAGUGCCCACUGCGGGUGCCAUAUGAUUUAUAAUCACUUGUUUCAGCUUUAUGACAGCCUAUGCCAAGUUUUUUUUUUUUUUCCAUGAGAUUCAGUUUUUGUAUGUGGUACAGAUAGAUUUUUAGCUUCUACUUUUUAACAUCUGAUAAUUUGACUGAUGUGAACAGUUUAAGCACUGACCAUUUUAGAGGUAAAAAAAAAUCACCUAUAUCCAGGCUGAUGAUAGGAGAAACUGUCGGCUCUAAAAACUAACAAGGCUAUUCUUUUCUUUACGUAGUUGGACAUUCAAACCAAGAACAAAUCUGCUAACUGCAAUGAGUUCUCCUGGUUGUAUCGCACCUUUGUAUCCCCCAUCGGUUUUUGCUCUGCCCUAAAAAGCCUCUCUCCCACUGCACCGCAAGCCAGAGCACAAUACAGUUUGCUGCUAUAGUGUAUGAUCUGUGGGUUGAUUCCCCCCCCCCCCCCCCCAGUUACUUUCCCCUCUGAAAACAAUGAAUAGUCACUGACUAAAUCUGUAUUUAACACACACACAGUAGAUAUAUUUCUUGAAGAGAAAUGGUUUUAUUUCAGAUUUAUUUUCUGCCAUUUUUUUUGUCUAAAAUUGCAUUGUUGGAAAUUUAUGUAUGUAUAUAUUUUUGACUUAAACUUUCAAGGAAUAAAUCAUGUCGCUUGAGUUAGUUUUUUUGCCAUGGACAAAAUGUGAUUCUGGUUUGUCUUUGGGAUGUUUAGCUGAGUAUUAGUGUUUCCCUCUAAUCACUUCGGUGUCUCUGAGCAACACCGAGUGUUUUAACUGUUUAAUUCAUAUAAUAAUGUACUUAAUUUGCAACUCCUAAUUUAUUAAAGUGACAAUCCUAACUAUGUCGCCGCAUUUAGGUUUGUGGUGGUAGCAAAUUAUUAAAUCUUUAAUAAGAAAACUGACUUUAAUCCUAAAUUAGCUGCUUUUUAAUAUAAUAUUUAUCUUUUGUGGCAAAAAGGCCAAAGACACUCAAAUUAUGUUAUUGUGAAAUCUAUAUAAGAAGAAGCAACAAUGUAAAGGAGCUCUAACCCUGUAAAUUUAAUACAGAGCAAUGUUAACUUUAUUUUGAGGUUUCCAUUCAGUCAGCUUUUUAAAGGUACUCUGUGGAGUUUUUGACCACUGAUGGUGCUGUAGAGAAACGUUUCGAUGAGCAGGUCUUCGCUCAGCUAGCAUAUGAACACGAUUGUGUGUAUCAACAGCUGGUGUCAUGGUAAUGAGGUGUAAAAGACGAUAAGCUGAUGUAAAAAAAAAAAGUCCAAGUUUAGAGACAGAAAAAAGGCCAUUGUGGUGUGUGGAAUAGCGUUGAACAUGUUUGUUAGGCCUUAACGACACGCACAUUUUAUUCUGGUGAGAAAUGUUGAAUGUAAACCUAACAGUGUGUUUACAGUGGAAACUCCACAGGGCACCUUUAAACAGUCAGUCACCUGAGAAACGACACGAACGUAGUUAUAAUUCAGUAGCUUUCUUUGUGUGUGUGUUUGCAUGGAAAUGUGGUUUUGCUGAAUUUUCCCUCCCAUUAAAAAAAAAGCAAAACAAUAAGAAGUAGAAACAGCAAAACAUGCUUAACUCACCUCUUUAGGUUUUUAAAUCACAGUAUUGUAAUUCCACCACAAUACUCACCAAAACCUACUGUGCUCACAUCAUGUUAAAUGGAAGAACUUGCCUUUUUUAUUUAGCUACGCAGUUUUAUUUUGCGAUGCAUUACUUGUACUUAAGUGAGCGCACUUAAUAUCUCUCGUCGGCACCCAGCUGCUUGUUGCAACCCUGAGAGGUGUUGCUUUAAAGCAACAUUUCAUGCAUUUUUUUUUUCACGUUUAAUAUGAAACAAACAAUAUAUCUUUGCAUCUCGUAGACAUCGAUACCCCCACACCCCUGGACUGACCGUCGUUGCUCAAGAGAUUUUACUAUUCAGGAUGUGGCCCUUAAAUGAUGCUGGUUAUUUAACCUAUUUCUAUAACAAACCACAGGAUGGAAAAUGUAGACAUAAGCUUUUUUUUAAUAUUCAAAAUAGCUGAAAUGUUAGCAGAUAUUAACUGUGACCUGGCUGUGAUUUGUCACAUCUGGGUGUUUUGUCUAAAUUAUAUAAAAUUUCCAUCGCUAGCUUUUCGUCCCUGUUCCUUAACUUAAGAGAAAAACACAAAAACAAAAAAAGAUCCCAAGCAUCUGUUCUCCUUUUAAUUCUUUCAUGAACUGAAAUACCUCAUAACAUUUUUUUAGGAAGUGUUUUUUCGUCUUGUUGCGUAGAUCCAAGCUGUUCACAAAGCAGUUCACAUGCAGAAUUUUUUUCUGUGGUUCUCCCCCUAGAGCAACACUGAUCUAUUAGAGUGGGGUAAGCCUGUGCUCAUGUACAGUAUUUGACUGAAUUGUGCUGAUGUGAAACAAGCAAUGAUUCAAGUGGCUACCACAAAUAACUUAUUUUAGUAAGUAGUAACACUAUUGGCCUUGUCGUAUAAGCUGCCCCCCCCCUUACCUUCACUGAACAACGCCCUCAGAUGCUCACCUGUGUAAUUUCACCGACUCAUCUACUCGUGUGGCGCUCACUUAGCUCAAAUCUAGAAUUGUAUCGAGAGUUCAGGGUUUUAGAAAUGUGAGAUGUGUGAUAAGUGACUAAAUGGCAGAAGUCAUAUGCACUGAUCAUUUGUAUAAUCAGCUUUUUUUUCUCAGAAAAAUUGUUAUUGUAGAAAAAAAAAGAUUAUAAAGCUAUUUGCAGAGUUACCUUUGGUUGCCUGGAAUGCAUCCUGUAUAUUCUUGUACGGAGAGGACUUACCUGGCAGACGUUAAAGAGAUUUUAAAUGCUUGCGCCCUCUUGUACAUAUCGAUGUACCUCGGUUGUGGCGUUUACUGUGUGACCCUUUGCAGUUGUGGUUUAUUUGUCCCCUCACAGGGCGACCUGAGCCUCACUUUGCUGACCUUUUUCAGCUCGUAAAUAAGCUCACCGAUUUGCCUUACCCAAUCUCAUGUUGCCCCCCUAAAGUACUCGUUCAACAAAACACUAUGAUGAGGAGUAACGCUGCUGAUGUUACACUCUUUCAGAUUCAAAACUGUCCCCGUGUUAGGGUACGUAAGCUAUCAGCAAAGUGACUUUGUCCUGGUUGUCACAUGGUACAACUUUUCAACCAUUGCUGGUUUGUAUGCUACUAUCCCCCCCCACCCCUCCCCACCCCAUGUUACCUUAUUGAAUCUCAGUCUUGAAAGCUUAUUUGAUUUCUCACUGCAGAUGAUGUCAUACUUUUAACUAAUGCAAGUGUUUUAACAUGGUAACCUCGUAAGCAUUCAAAAUGUGCAUACAUACAUUCAUGUCUGCUAUAUUUAUGAUUACAUUCAAGAAUAGCUUUAGAGUGCUGUAGAUAAGUAUUGUCAAUGUUGAUUCAAAUGCUUCUCAGAGGCCUCUGUGAGUGAUUUUACAAAGUUCAAUAACUGUAUAUUUUGUAUUAUGUUCUAGCUCCAAAGGAAUGGCAGAAAAAAAUGAAAAUGUUUAAAAAAGCUUUGUUCCCUGAACUAAAUUGUACUAUUUGUGUUGUCGAUUGAACAAAUUGCAUUCCUUGCUUGUGAAUUGAUGCAUUUCUCUCCCCUGCUCCUUAAAUUUUCUCUCCUUCUUUCCCUCCUUUCUUUCAUUUUUUAGCCUUUGAAGUUUGAAUAAAAUUUCUAGUUUGCAGAAUGUAUUACUAAAUAAAUGGGUUGUCAUCUUGUACCUCUCA